AUGCCGCAAUACUAUCCAGACUUGCUUGACACUGAUUCUUUCCGUCUGGCAACCAUCUCGCUGGAUAUUCAUCCUUACACGGAAGUCCAAGUACCAAGUGUAACACUCGCGACAUAUGGACUAUCCAGUGGCACAGAGACAACUUACAAUGCGCUAUCCUACACUUGGGGCUCGCCUCGCCCCUGCGAUACAGAGGCCGAUUCGGUCAGGUCUGUCCUGUUGAACGGGCAGACCUUCGAAGUCCAACCAAAUCUUUACGAUGCACUCAUCGAACUCCAGGCCUCAUGCUCCGAAACCCCCAUCUGGAUCGAUGCCUUGUGUAUUAACCAGUUCGAUCCCGUUGAGCGAUGUUCCCAGGUCUCGGUAAUGAACCAGAUCUACGGAAAGGCCAGCCGUGUCAUCGUCUGGCUUGGCAAGCCAUUUCCAGAGUUGGAAGCCGGAAUAAAUGCGGCCGAGAGGAUCGGGGCCGACUCUGUUCCUCACACGCUUGAAAUGAUUCAAAAUCAAUUCUGGGCUUUUAAUUCUGAUCUUUCAAUUAUGCCUGAUAAAUAUGGAAUGAAGCCCAUCGAUGAAGAAGAAGCUCUUGGGCUGGUCGCACUGUUCAUGAGUAACUGGUUUGCGCGAGUGUGGGUAAUCCAAGAAGUCUCUCUUACCAACGACGUUGUUAUUCUAUGCAACGGCAAAUUCACUCGCUUUGAUUAUGUAGGCUAUACAGCAGCAUUUCUUCACUACAGCGGAUUUUUCCAGCCUUGGAUCGACCUGGUCCCCAAAGACAGGCCUGGUAUCUAUUUUGUUGGCAAUCUCUACUUGUUCCAUGCUGAGAGAAUCCAACUGCUCCGAGAGUGGUGCAAAGGUGAUAAAAGUCAGUGGACCCGAACUUUAGAGACGAUUGACUUUGAGGCCGGGCUCUCUAGUCAACAUGAGAAAUCAGCAGAGAUGGUGCUGCUACGAUUCCUUUUUACGCUAUUCGGGCUUCAAGCUUCUGACCCUCGGGAUGUCGUCUACGGUUUGGGAGGUAUUAUGAAGCACAUGGCUGCCAAGGAUAGACUUCUUCUACCAUCAGAAUUCGAGCCGAACUAUGAGAUCGAUAUCAAGGAUCUUUUACGAAAUGUCGCACGAAAGAUUAUCGAGGCUACCGAUUCCUUGGUCUACGUUACUCUUGUCAAAUCCCCCGACAUUCGAGAGACUCCUGGUCUUCCAUCAUGGGUACCGGACUUCCCGGCAGUUGACUUCAACACUCUCUCCAGCGCUCAAUUUCGAUCUAUAGGCACCAUCAACUCUUCCAAUCAUGUGCCUCAUGCUCCAAACCCACGACCGUUUCGCAUUCAUGGAAAUAUCCUUACCGCUUUUGGCUUGCGUCUUGGAAAUAUCCAUAAGAUAGGGGAGAUCUACAUCGAAGCUGUUCGAGGCCGACGUGGCAUGGCUGGAGAUAUUCUUCUCAGCAUGGACGAGAUUUAUCCAUAUACUGGCCAGCCGGCAGAUGAAGUCUUUUGGCGCACCUUGAUUCAUGAUACAGACUUUACGAAUCGACCAGCUAAACUUGUCCGACUUGGGGAUUUUCAGCGAACCAUUUUGGAAGAAAUUGUUCACGCAUUGCGAGUUUUUCACAAAGAAGCUGAGUCGUCAUCUGCCGGCGAAACACUUGUACUCGAGUAUCUCCAUGGAAUGUCCUACUUGGAUGACAUAGCCGCGAAAUAUCCCUCGAGCAUUUUCCCCAGCGUCAACCUCGUUAAAUCAUGCCUAGAUUUCCUACCAAAAGAGCAUGUGGAACUUAAUGAUGAAGAGGCCAACAUGCUAAAGAAACCGCUUUCAAAACACUCUAUGCCGCCUGGGACCAUGAUGGCGUCGACUUAUAUGAAUCACAGGCCUAUACUUACUGAUACAGGAUACAUGGGGAUGGGAUUCGAGUCUUGUGAGGUCGGAGACGAGGUUUGGAUAGUUGCCGGAUCUCCUGCGCCGUUGGUAAUGAGAAGGACAGACGAGGAGAAUGAGUAUUCUGUCGUUGGUGAGAGUUAUGUUCACGGGGCCAUGCAGGGAGAAGCAGUAACUGAGGAUGCCGUAUGGGAGAAUAUCCGGAUGUUGUAA